CCACUGGAGAAGGGUUGCGCGCCGAGUGUGCUGCACUACCUGAAGCCUCAUAAGGCGAUAUUUUGCAUAGGGGCCUGUUCGACGUGUAAUUUUCUCGAGAAUUCUGGGGAAAGGCUUGGAGUAGAGGCGGCUGCUUUUGAAGACUCGAAGAGAGCCAUGGGCGAGCGGGGGUACCAGCUCAAGGGAGCCAACAACAAGAAGGCGUGGGAGGAGUCGGACUUCCCGAUCGUGUGCGAGACAUGCCUGGGGGACAAUCCCUACGUACGGAUGACCAAGGAGCCGCACGGGAAAGCGUGCAAGAUCUGUGAGAGACCCUACACCGUUUUUCGCUGGAAGGCCGGGACAGCAGGGCGCAUCAAGAGCACCCAACUAUGCCAGACGUGUGCCAAGCUUAAAAACGCCUGCCAAACAUGCGUCCUCGACCUGCAGUACGGACUGCCGGUGGAGGUGCGUGACAAGUUCCUCGCUGAGGAGGACAGGCUGGAAGUACCCGGCAGCGACGCUAACCGCGAGUUCAUGACGCAGGUGCACGAGAAGCAGCUGGCGGAGGGCGGCAACCCCUACAGCAACAAGCCCCUAAACCAGAAGCUUCUCCGUAUGGCCCGGUCAACGCCUUACUACAAGCGCAAUCAGCCUCACAAGUGCUCCUUCUACGCCAAGGGAGAGUGCAACCGAGGCGCCAAGUGCCCUUUCCUGCACGAGAUGCCAACCGACAGGGCGGACCCCCUGGCCCACCAGAACAUCCGCGACCGGUUCUACGGCCAAGACGACCCCGUCGCGGCCAAGAUGAUGGCCAGGCAGGACGACCUCCCGAAGCUGGAGCCCCCCGAGGACGAGGGGAUCAGCAGCCUCUGGCUCGGCAACAUGGCCGACUACAUCACGCCGGAGGAUCUUCGCGACGCUUUCUAUAGCUUCGGGGAGCUCCGGUCCAUCCGCAUUGUGCCGGGCAAGGACUUCGCCUUUGUACAGUUCACCACCAGGCAGGCGGCAGAGGCGGCAGCUGAACAGCUCUACAAGUGCCUGGUAAUCAAGGGCAGGCUGCUGAGGUUGAACUGGGCCACUCGCUCAGAGGAAUCGGGGACGUCGGGCUUCAACGGCCCUGAAGGCGGCGGCCGCCGCAGGAUCGAAAGCGGCAGCAGCAAGGCGAAGGAGGGUGGGCAGCAGCGGCAAGCUGCAGGCGAGGCGGGCGGCGUCGAUGCCGGGGAGAGGUCGAAAGCAGGAGGCGCGGCGGGGGCGGAGGCGGAGAAGAAGGCGGAGGUGGCACCGUACCAGCCGGUCCCGCUGCCGCCGGUGCCAGGGCUGCCCCCGGGCGCCCCCGUCGCCCCCGUCCCGCACAUGCCGCCCAUGCCGCAGCUACAGGGGUACAGGCCGCCGCCGCCGUCCGCCUACCCGCAGCAGCAGCAGCCCGCGGUAGCACCGGCAGGACGGGGGCAGUACGCCCCGCCCCCGGGCCCCCGACUGCCGACGUACAACAACAACGGCGUCUCCGCCGGCCAACAUCACCACACCCGAGGCCCCCCGAUCCCUUCGUACGGCCCGGUGAGGGGCGGCGGCGGGGGCAGUUACGGCGGCGGCGGGAGGCGGGGUCCCCCGCCCGGUCCUCCGCCGGGGCCGCCCCCCGGCCCCCCUCCGGCGCCGUACUAUGCUUCUAUGGAUCCGCACCGCUUGGGUGCGCAACCCACAAGGCCACUGCUGCCGACGCCGCCGCCUGCAGCCGCCCCGGGGGUCGCGUCAAAAAGCAGUUAGAAAAAAAGCAAAUGAUAUGAGGGUGUGAUUUGUUUACGGUGGCGGCUGGAUCUGGGUUGGGUUUGGCAAGUACGGCCAUCGUCACCCACCCCUUGGUCAACGAUCAUUUCUCCGUUGGGAGAAGGUAGGCGGGGGACACGUAAAAGAAAGGCUUUUGUGGCCGUAGUCAGCGAGUUGCUUCAGUAGCUGGGUUCUUUGAUUCCAGGUGGUACAGGGUUGUACCAACUCAAGAAUCUGUUUCAGUUGUCUCUGCCGCCGUUGCCUCGACCUCUGUGAAGUGCGUUUGUUAUGCGUACACCACCCGAAGCACCAUGAGUGGUUAUUGGUUGAAAUGUGUGCCAGUCAAAUUUCAAGCUAACGCAGAGGGGACACCCCGCGUUCUUUCGAUCGGCAGCCACUGCUUUCGUCUGUCCGCGGGGAGUAGGCUAGCGAAACACCUUUGUGUAGCAGGGCACACUGGACGCCGAGAAUGAAACGAGUCGAGGAGGUUGUGAGUAGAUCGUGUCUACACACCACGCUUGACGAUUUUUGCAGUGUACUGUAGUUCCGUUGCCCGACACGUCUUUCGGGCGCGCGGGACGGCCCAUCAGUCGCUACGAGCAGCACUUGGCGACAAUUGUAGGUGUUUCCCGGUGUACUGGUCCGGUGAGAACACGGCGUGCUCCGUCCCGGCGUCUCAGGGAUGCGAGAGAUCAUUGGUGCUUCUGUACGUAUAGCAGUAUCUCUCAACGGCGUAGUACACCCGACACAAUUAAAUGUCCAACCU